GUACCUGGUAAUAUGAUGAACAUCCUCAUAUUUUCAUUGUGCAUUUGAGACUGUUUUCCAAUAUUUUCAAAAUACCAUGAUUGAUGCAUUAAUAACAAGUGCUGCAUUCAUAGCUAAAUGUGUUGAGACUAUUGUAGCAGCUGCAAUAUACACCGUUGACCUCAAUUAUGAAAUAGUUGCAGCAAUUGUAAAUGCUGUUUCCACUGUCAUAGCAUUACUAGUCUCAGCUUACAGCUAUAUAAAGCCAUUCCUUUCCAAGCUAUUGGAGAUCUUCAUGGACAUUUACUCCAUUAUUAAAACACUAGUUAUAAUGCUAAUUACAUCUAUGCAACUGGGAUUGAAUGCUGCUCAUUUAGGUAUUACUUGCCUCAUCCAACUAUGCCACACAUGCUUUCAUUAUAUUACUUGCUGUUAUUUAAUGUUAAAGCAUUGCCUCUCUGUUGCUGUUGGCUCCAUAACAACAUCACUGCAAACUGUAUUUGCAUUUAUCUUCAGCACCAUCACUUCAAUUUUCUUCUGCAUUACAUCUUUGGGGAGCCUGUGUGUCAGCUUUGUAACUGGUGUUUGGCAAGGACUUGGUUUUGUGUUUUCUUCAGUGGCAUAUUUUCCUGUCUAUUGUAUGCAGUGCAUUGAUGCUUUUGUUGAAAAUUCUUGGAGAAAUGUAACAAACACAUGUGUACAUAUUUUAAAUGCCACUACCAAAGAAACUUAUCUUGGCAUUGUUUUAUUAUGCUUAUUAUAUCUGACAUUGUCAAACUUUUUCCGCUAUAUGAAUAGUCGAGGCAUUACCCUAUUCCCUCAAAGAUUCAGAGGCAGAUCCUUUAGAAUUAGAGAAACCACAUUGAACUGGAAUAUUGACAGAGGAUUUGAAAGUGAUUUUGAAGACAUGUAUGGCUCUGAUGCUGAAGAUGUUGCAUGGGCUCAUGAAAUAAAUCAGACUAACGUUAGUGAAGGGGAUAGCAGCAGUGACGAUGAUGAUUCUGUAGAUAGUUUUACUCGCAGCUCAGGUGUGUCUGACAGUGAUUCAGAUGAAUACACCAUCGUUACCGAAGAGUCAGACAGUGAUGCUUCCAUUAAUUCACAGACAUUUUCAACAGAAUCCAGUGAUCACGAAAUAGAAGUUCAGCUUCCUAAGGUUGAUGAGCGUUACUCACUGAGAAACAGAUCAUCAACUCCCUCUCAUAUGCCUAAGGCAAUGAACUGUCCUGAAGACUUUGAUAGAGAGAUGGAGAGAGAGAGAGACAAAAGAAAAUGUGUAGUUUGUCAGGAUGAAAUCAAGUCUGUUCUAGUUCUGCCUUGCAAACAUUUGUGCAUGUGUGUAGUGUGUGCUGAUCAAAUUGUAAGGUCUCAAAUUACUGGAAGAAGAGUCUGUCCUUUGUGCCGUACCAAAAUAACGAAGGUCAUGAAUAUUUAUGUGUGACUAUUUGGGCAACAGUAAAUGUAUUUAUUAGUUACUGCUUUUUUUUUGUUAGUUUCAUUGCCAUAUUAUUUGUUUAUAAUUCGCAUUGCCUUAAAAAUUUGUGUUACUAAUUGUUCUAUCACUAAUACAUAGUAUUUAUUGGUACAUUUUUUUGUUGAAACCUAAUAAAAUUUUGAUGCAUAUCAUUUUGUUUACAUAUACCUUAUAAGUAACAGGCGUUCCUUCAAAGAUCAUUGUUGUUACUUGUCAUAAAAGUGUCAUUGUAUUUCAUGCUGGACCAAUACUGAUACAUCCAUCUUCUAGACAUCUAGCUCAUUGUUUUUCACUAUGAAUUAUAACUUGUGUGUGACAGUUGUGUGUAUGUAUAACAGCUUAAAAAUUAAUUUUAAAUUAGAUGUACUGACACUUAUUCAAGGCCUAUAUAGGCAUACUGUAAUCUGAGCCAGUCAAGUUAAUAUAGAUAUGGUAUAGUAUGCACUUAAAACCUUUAAUGCCUUAAGGUUAAUGAAAAACAGCUUUAAAUAUUUGGCUUUAAUAACAGUACCGUACCAAUUUGAUUCUAUCAUUAAAAUAAAAAUUAUAGCUUCUACUACAAAUUCUCUAAAGCUACCAAAGCAUACAAGGAGUAGAAAUACUUUUUAUUUCAAUAUGUUCCCCAAAAUUAAAUUUAAAAAAAAAAGGGGGGGGGGGGAUAUUAAUCACAUAUAAACCUAUACCGGUUACCAACUUUGUCAGGUGAAAAUCUGUGAAUUCAUUAAAUGAGUAAGUAUUGCCCUUGAUAGAUAUGAUCUCAAUAGAACCAGUAAUACAGGAAAUAAAAGAAAAAUUUUUUCCAGCAUUAAUUACAAUGUACAUCAGAUUUUUUAAAGCUAAGGAAGACCUCAGAACCUUUUUUUUUUGUUACAGAUUAGAGCUACCAGUACCUCUCAAAGAAAAUUAAGUUACCAUGUGUGUUUAUUCAUCAUACCAUAUACAUCCAAAAUGUAUUUAAUAGUGUUAAAUGUUCAAAUGAAAAAAUCAGAAAUACUCUUUCCCAUCUAAUAAUUAGCAAUGAUUCUGAAGAUUAAGGAUGAGUUCAGUGUUUUAUUGGACUACACAAACCAACCAUUUGCAACCUGCAAUUUUUACCACAUCUGAUGCAGACAAAACUGCUGGGGGGGCCUAAGUUUUUUUUUUUUAGAAGCAUCUUUUUUUUAUCUAAUAAUGCUACAUUACACAACAACAACAAAAAAAAACUGUACAUAAUGUUUGAGAAAAAAAUAAAAUGGCAAUGUGAUUAUUUUUGUGUGUGAUGUAACAUGAAUCUUUAUUUAGAUUUCUAUCACAAAGACUAAAAUUUCUUGAAAAUAACUAUGUAUUAUUUUUUUUGUAUAUAAACAUUUAAAUCAAAUGGUCACUAUUUAUUUUGCAGGAUAAAAUAUGUUUGCAUUUACUGGUUCUGGAUUUGCUUGUGAUUAUAUAUAAAACCUUAACAAUAUUAUCAUUAUUAUAAAUGUCCACUUCGAUCUAAAUAUUAAACAAUAAAAAAUU